GGUACACCACUAAACGUCACUAAAACCAAAGUCGAGAUUCGCUUGAUCCCCGAUUGUUUUCCAUUUGGCGCUUUUCUCCAGCCUCUUAAUUAAAAUUACAGCCCGCCCCAUCUUGUGGUCUACUGUCAACCGUCUACCACAAUUCACCACGGCUACGCUACCUCUCCACUCCUACUUUUCUCCCUAGCUAAAGAAACGCAAUCUCUAAAUUUUAUCGAAAGGAGCCAGAUCUUGGACUAUCACAAGCUAUCAUCUGCGUCCCCAUCCCCUCCUUAGUUUCAUCAUCUAGAGCAUCAAACUUAGGCAAUUUUACCAUUGCGAAUCGCCGAACCAUAAGAGCACAAUUGAUAACGAAUUUGGAUAAGAUACACAACGACGAGACGAUUUCCGAUUUCCGAUUGAAGGAAUCAUUUACGAAGCUGGAUGAUAUGUUAAUGAUAUGAUCACGAAUAAAUACCAAUCCCGGAGCUGAAGUUGAGAAGAAGUCCCUGCCUAAGGGUACGGCAUAAUGGCUGAGAAACGCGAUCGAUAUGGCAGGGGAGGAGAUCCAUCGAUUGCGCCGAGAGGGAAUGGAUAUGGCGGUGGAAAUGGUAAUGGGGGACGAGGAUAUAAUGGACGCGCGCCUCCAACUUUGGGAUUUGAUGGAGAGGAGAGCUCAGUUUCGGGUCGGGAACGAAAUGAUAGGAGAUUUGGGUCUAUGCCCCCAAACACGCCCAUGACGCCCUUCACACCCUACACCCCUUACACACCAGUAACUGCAGGAUAUGAUGGCGGAGAGAGUUUCGUUUCAACAGAUACGCCGAGACACGAUCGUUAUUAUGGGGGAGAGAGUGCGAUUGGGGGACGUCCAGCAGUUACACCAGGAGCUGCAGGCUAUCGUGGCGGAGAAAGCUCUUAUAAUGGUGGCACACCACAACCCGGGCGAUUUAAUGGCGGAGAAAAUUAUCCCGAAGGUCGCGCUCCUAGGCCAGGAAGGUAUGAUAUUGCUGAGAGCACUAUGUCUGUUGACACACCGCGAACUGGUCGAUUCGAUCCGGGUAUGGAAAGCUCUAUCGCGCAUCCCGAUACGCCACGUACUGCUCAUUAUGAUACGACUGCAACUACCAUGUCAAUGGACCCAUCACGAACAGGACCAUAUGAUAAAGAAAAUACAAUUACGGUAGCAGAAUAUUAUGAUCCAGAACGGGCACGAGAACAUGAACGACAAAUGAUGGAGCGCGAGAAAUCAGAACGAGAACGUGGAAUGCGCCAACCUUCAGGAAUGGAACGCGGGCCGCAAACCACGGAAUAUUUGAGUACAUCAGGAUCAUCUACUUCUUCGUACCUCGAUAUCUCUCGCCAUUUUCCUACCAAAGGGUUUAGUUUCAGGUCUUUCUUUACGACACCAUCCGAAAAGUCUGAUUCUAAAAAGAAAAAGGAGAAGAAGAAAGCUAAGAAAUUGACGAAACACAAUUCCUCAUCAAGCUCCUCUUUGAAUGAAGAUUUAGCUUUUGGGACCGGAUUUCUAAGAUACAGAAGGAAGAGGAGUGUGAGAGCCAGGGAUGGAAGAGACAGGCAGUGGGAAACCAUAGGAUACAAGUCUAGCAAGGAAAGCUUGAGAGAUACCCGACCUGCCACGAACGACAGACCUAAAAGCUCGAGAAGACCAACUACCGAUGCUGACAUUUUGGCUGUGGGUGCUGGACUCGCUGGACUUGCUAAACUCGCACUCGAUCAUAGCAAAAAAGACGCCAAGAACGGUAAGAACGGACGCGGUGUUCCUGAAACCGCUACUUCUAGUCGAAGGGAUGAGCGCGGCCUCCCCCCUUCUAAGGCUACUCCGUACGAGACCGACCCUAAUGAUGAUGAAGGAUGGGAAUCAGCCUCUGAUGACGAGUCGGAUUCAAGUGUUGAUACCGGUUUGGCGUUCGGAGGUGGUAGUCAUCCUGGCAAGAAAAGUCAAUCCAACUUCUUCGGGCGCAAGAGAACCCAUAGCCUAAAGAGUCGAAAGAGUAAUGUGGUCGAUCCAAGACUCCUUGGGCCAGAGAAUUCCCUCAAUGGUUAUUUAUCAGAUAGAGCUGUUGGUUUCGAAGACGUGCAAUGGGAGUCGGGUAGUGAUUUUGGUCAACACAAUUACAUUCCUUACAGCCAUCCAGAGAGACAGGUGGAUACUUUGUAUGUACACGAAAGGGUAAGGGUGAGCAGGACCCACAGUGUUGCAAGUGGUCCGCAGACCCCUCUUCAAGAAGUCUUCCCAGUCCCCACCAAUGAUCCCUCUCGAUUUGAUGUGGCGCGAGCAUCUUCGUCGGAAUACAAUGCCUCAAGACCAGCACCAGUUCCAAUUCAGCAACCUCAACCCAUCACUCCCGUUUCUCAGAGUGUUUAUCACGAGCCCAACUACGUUCGUUCAGAGUCUGGCGGAAUCUUGAAAAGCUCCACUGGCAGAUCUAAAUCCUUAGCUGGCGCGGCCUUAGCUGGCGUAGCUGGAGCCGCUGUUGGAGCUGCAAUUGCAUCUGGUCGUCGAGAUGAAAAGGAUAACUAUCGCGAUGAUGACAGAAGAGACAACCGGAGCUAUAGUGAAAGCGCCGUUACUCGACGAGAUAGCGACCGAAAGGAACGACGCUACGAAGAGGAUCAAUACUCACUUGCCGAUAGCAGCGUCUCUAGACCUCGUGAUGAAGACCGAAAGGAGCGCCGUCGUGAUUAUGAUCAAUCUUCCAUCGCUGAUAGUAACCUUACGUGGGAUGAAAAACGAGAGAAGCGUCGCGAGGAGCGAAGAAAAGAUGAUUCUAGAAGCUCAACUUCUAAUUCUGAUCGUGAUAAGAAUCGAGAAAAGAGUCGUGAUGAUCCUGAUGCUGCUGCAGAGGAGCGAGAGAGGAGACGACGAGAGAGACGCGAAGAACGACGUGCACCUGAUCGCAUUGAAGACAACUAUGAAGAGCGACGAGCCCACGUACUCUCAGAAAUAUCGGCAAUGGCUCGCACAUCCUCGGAUCCAUUCCAAUAUCAGGUUGCAGACUCGCCUACUCGCCAGGAAAGCUCUAGCCGUCAAGCUAAAGACCAAUCUACACCUACCGUUGUUACUGUCGAACGCGAACCAGAAUUCAAUCGAAAUCAAAAUUCAUCAUUUAAUGAACCAUCUUCCAUCUCCCGCUCCGAACCACGCACCGAAGUUUCCGACAAAGAUGAUAAGGAACAACAAUACAAAGAACAUUCCAGAACUCUUCAUGAUGCGGAAAUGAUUUAUGAUGAGACUGAACAUUCUACAGCUCCUAUUGAGGCAGCAGCCAUUGCCGCCGCCGCUGCUGCUUUGGCUCGGGAAACUCGCCGAGAAUCAAGAUCAUCGAAACGACGAGGAGAGAGAAGAACUGACUCGGAGGAUCUUUCAAAAGACAGUGAUUCCGCCAAUGGUCCGGAAAAAUCUCACGAUGAAGUUAUGGCAGAGGCGGAUCGAGCUUAUCGUGAAAUUGUCAUGGCUAGGAAAGUUGCAGCAGAAGUCCGCCGUUCUCGCACUCCAUCACCUGAGCGCUCAGUGAUGAACAAAUACGAGGAAGAGUCAGAAGAAGAAGAACCAACACGCAUUGUCACUCCUCCCGGCAUGCAUGAACGCAAGAAAGGUCCCUAUGAUGCACCAAAUGCUGAUUUCAAGCUUGAUUAUAUCAUGACGCCUAGAGAUCUAAAAGUCUACAGCAUUCCAAGCAGGCGAUACAAGGUUGACCAAGCUGAUUUGAAGGGUCCAUUCAUGACAAAAGAUGCGGAUGCUAGACUGCCUCGACCUCUCUUGAACUUGAUCCGGCCCACUCCUACUUCAACACCAUCACCCGAGAAACAGUUUUCUUCUAUGGCUAAGAAUGGAAAUGUGAAAAAGGAUAAUUCUAAUCGAUCGGAUAAUCGCCCAGAUGAAAGAAGCCGUUCUGAACCUAAACCUGAACCUGAACCUGAACGUCAUUCUAAAACUGAGGAUCAAAUUGAAGAGCGGGAACAAGCUACUAUACGAUCGCAAGACGAACCAACCCAGCCCAGAGAUACAAUUGAGGACCGUGAACAAACUUCAUCAUAUCGAUCACAAGACAAGCCUAGCGAAACCGCACAGAUCCGCGAAGAGACUCCAUCACACCAAUCAAAAGAUGAGUCGCAUGAUCAAAAUCGCCCAAAGCGUGAUAGAAAAGAUAUUCCUCCCAUCAUUAUUGGCCCAAGAGGAGACCUUAUUCGGUCAUCUGAUGUUCCCGUUCCAUCUCCCACUCAAUCAACGGUCUCAAAAGCUGUUACCUGGGGUCCAAACGAGACAAAACACUUCGAAGUAGAAAGUCCAACCGAACAAAAGGACGAGUACACUUCUGAAUCAUCCCCAGAAACCCCCGAGAAGCCAAGAUAUCAGGAACCAAGAUUGGAGUCACAGACUGAACCAAAAUCUCCGGGCGGAUGGGCCGCAAUGGCAGCAGGUAUCAUUGGUGCAGGCAUGGGUGCUGCAGUAGCAGGCUCGAGUGAACCUCCUAAAAGACUUGAGCGACCUGAAUCCCCUAAGAAACCCGAGCGAGCCGAGGUAAGUGAACUCGCUAGGAUCUUGAAAGCCAGGGAAAGUGAGCGACCUGAAUCUCCCAAGCGAGCUGAGAUUACCGAACUUGCUAGAAUCUUGAAAGAAAGGGAAAGGGAGCGACCUGAAUCCCCUAAGAAACCCGAGCGAGCCGAGGUAAGUGAACUCGCCAGGAUCUUGAAAGCUAGGGAAAGUGAGCGACCCGAAUCUCCUAAGCGUGCCGAAGUCAGUGAGCUUGCUAGAAUCUUGAAAGCAAGGGAACAGGAGCGCAAUGAAAGGCCUUAUGAGUACAGAGGCGUAGUGGUAGAGCCUGAGAGUCCAUACGGAGAACCGAGGCGAGAUAGUCUACCUCAAGAUAUGGGAAGAGACAGCCUGUAUCGAGGCGUGGCUGUAGAGCCUGAGAGUCCAUACGGAGAUUCAUUUCGAGACAUCGAAAGAGACAGUAUCUACCGAGGCGUGACUGUAGAGCCCGAGAGUCCAUACGGAGAAAUGAGAAGUCAAAGUCCACCUCAAAAUAACAGGAGGGAAAGUUUAUCUCAGCAUCCGAGAAGAGAUAGCCCACCAAGCGUCGGCCCCAAGCCUGUUCCGUCACAGACUCCACAUAUGCCUGGCGCUUUCGACGACGACUUAGAUUUCACUGCAACAGUGGCAGCUGGUUUGGAAGAUACUGGCUUCAAUCCUGAUCUCGUGAUUGAUAACCUCGCGUUUCGAAAACGUGAUUCUCCACCUGGUUCUAAUGAAUACAAAACGCCAUGGGCAGAAUCCAUCGACGACCUUUCAAGCGUCCCUGGUGAAAGCUCUUCAAAUCGUGGCUUUGUCAUGGGCGAGGUGCCAGAAACUCCAAAAGACUGGUCAAGUGUAUCGCCUUCCAACGAGGAAUCACCCAAUCUUAGCAGGAAAGAACAGAGAAAGCUUGACAAAGAACGAAGAAGAAGUGGUGGUGAUUUAUCAUCGCCAAUCAUUGAUGUUAUUGUUGAAGAACCCGAAAGCUAUUUUGAUUCAUCUAGGCAGAGUAGAAAGGAACAAAAGAGACGUGACAAGGAGGAAACAAGAACACAGUCACUUUUGAGGGAAGAAUCUUCAUUUGUCGAUCUUCUGCCAAACCGCGAAUUAGUCGAUGAACCGGAAAGUUACGUUGACCUUGUUGACACUCCCAAGAAAUCAAAAAAGUCAUCUCGAUCAUCUACGUAUGAGGAUAUCGACCUUGAUUCAAAGCCAAAAAGGAAACCUAGCAAGCGCUCAUCAACUUACGAUGGGAAAGUUGACUCUCCUUUGCGUGAAAGUCGCAGAACAUUCUCUAUGGAUGAUAUCAAAAAUGGCGACGAAUCAAAAAUACCCAGAAAGUCGAAGCGCGACAGUGUUAGAUUUGACUCACCUUCUAACUCACCUCCCCCUGCAGAGGGUGACUCCGAAUCUGGCAGAUCAUUGAGAAGAAAGUCAAAGGAGAAAUUGGGAAGCAAGAGCGAACGUUAUGAUUCUCCUGAUCCUUCACAAAUCUCAUUACCAGCCGCUGAUAACUAUGAAGAUAUGGAGCUGUCAAGAGAGCCAGACCGACCAUCACGCCGAGAUGGUGAUGAUCCACUGUGGGCUUCAUCCCGUUCAAUCUUAUCAGCUGGUAGUAGCUCAAAGGUGGAUGAAGAAGAUUCGCCGCAAAAAAAGCGAAAAGAUCGCAGUAGCACCAAAGAAAACGAUGAUGCUACACGAUCAAUCGCUUCGGACCCUACUCGUGAUGAUAACGAAGAUUCAAAGAAGAAGGCAAAGGAAGCAACGCCGAAGAAGAGUGGUGGAUUGUUUGGGUUCUUUAGCGGUGCAAAAGCAGAAGCAGCGAAGGAGGAACUAACGAAGGGAAGUCGUGAUGAUCCUGACGACGUCAAGAAGAAAAAGAAAAAACGGAGUUCAACAUCGGAUGGGAUAACUGAGGGUCAAUCUUUCAGUGAUUCCCAAUUGGUUUCAAGUGAAACUAAUGGCCACAAAACACGCGGUGAGGAUGGUGUGCAAGAUUCUAGGAAUGAUGGAGAGAGGAAGAGGAGUAAAAGUUCAGAUUCGAAGAAGAGUUCUUUUUUAGAUAAUGCCGGCAUCCUUGGCGCGGGUGCCGGCCUUGCUGCUGGUGCAAUUGCAAUUUCUGCUCAGCACCAACAGCAACAUGCCGCUAAUAAUAAUGAUAGCGAGGGAAGUACGGGGGAGAUGGGAAAGCAGGAAAGAGAGGAAGAUAUAUUGGACCCAGAGAUUAUCGAACGACAAAUCAGACCCUCAAUUGACCCUCAAUAUGGAGAUCUUUUACCAUUGCCGCCAAGUGGUUCAGUUUCACCUAAUUGUGAACCAAUUGAUGACCUGCCCAAACUCCCAGAAAGUCGACCUACAACACCUGAAUCUGAAAAACGGACUGUAAGUACGCCAAGGGAGAAGACUCCGCGAAAUCGUAAGAGUUUGCAGGAGACUCCUGUAAAAUCUCCAAGCCAAAGUGCAGUGCCAUUAAAAUUCGUCAUGGGAAACCGACCCAAUUCGGCGUCACCUGUUAUAACGAGAUCAACUGGUAAUACGCCCUUUCAUACUUUCCAUCCCUCUCCAAUUGCAGAGUCAACCACAAUUCCAAGAUCUAGAUCAAGACCUAUGUCGUGGGAUAAUACCAAGGAAUUCAAGCCCCUGUAUCUAUUAGAGACUAACAGACGUGGGUCGUUCGUACCAGAAGAGUUAAUUGACCCGCUCCCACAUUUACCGCCGUCCCGAACCAAUUCAGAGCUUGACGUGGCGGAUCUACCCGAAUCGGGCUUUUUGGAAAAAUUGGACCUUCACCGCCCUUCACUAGACCCACUUUCAACCAACCUCCCCUCCGAUGAUCACGCCUCCGGAGAAUCCACACCGACUGCGAUUACUUUUAAAAGGGACUUAGCGCCAUCAGUGGAGUUUCUUCAAGAUUCUUUCCCCUCAGUGGAAGAAAAGCAAACUUUAUCUUCUGAUGCAUUUCAUAAACAAUCUUCAUCUGAAUCAAUAGCUAAAGCCAUUGGAGCCGCAGGAAUUGCAACUGCAGCCGGCCUUGCUAUUGUAUCUCAUGAUACAAGCAAUGAGCAGGAACCAAGAUCUUCCCAAGAGAUCCAGAACAAGAGUGGAAACGACCAUUUAGAAUAUCCAUCUGAGUCACAUGACACACCCUCCGAACGGGAGGAGAUAUUGCAAACCUUAAGUGGAACUUCGAGCAACCAAACCAUGAGUAUUGAAGAGGAGGUCGAGCCGACCAAAGAAUUUCCUUUGUCAGAUUUCAAGAAAAAUGAGGGCAAAGGUUUGACGCUUGAAUCAGAUGACAUUCAUGAUCAAGCCGAGAAUACUCCGGAGCCCAUGCAAGAACCUUCCACUCCAAUUGAGGCCGAAAAUGUCGAGUCCGUAGAUAACUUCUCUACUCCAAAGUCCAAGAACAGCCUGGGUAAGAAUGAAACAGCUUUAUUAUCUCAGGAGCCGGAACUGGAACUCCAAAGCGAAAUUCCCAGUCAAGAGGAUACCCAAGGACCAAAAUCCGACUAUGCUUCAAGUGAACCACAUGACGUGACUGGACCGGUUAGAGAUCUUAUCGAACAAGCAGCUACCUCCGAGGUUCAACCCGUUGAAUAUCCUACCCAGAACUCCGAAGAAGAGAAAGCACACGAGAAGGCAGACACAAAUGGUUUAUCCUUGGAGCCCGAAUUGAAGACAAAAAAUGUGGAUAGCGUAGAGCCUUUCAAACCUAUGGAUGAUGACCCUUCAAUUUAUAAAUCAGUUGAGGAACUGCAAGAGCAAGUGCCGGAAUCUAGUCAAACGGAAGAAACUUUGCCUUCAGCUGAGAUCAACCCGAUCGAGGAACUUUCUGUUCCCAAGUCAAAGAAGGACAGGAAGAAGGACAAGAAGAAGGCAAAAGCUGACACUCCUAAACUGGAAGGACUUAUAUCCGAGCCAGUUGUUGAAUCCAUGAUUGAAGUUCCAAUGCGGGAACGAUCACUCGAGGUAUCGCCAGAGCUUUCUCGCGAGAUUUCGGAGCCAUCUUCUCCUCUAGCCAACUCUGAGACACAGGCAUUCGAUGAUUCUGUACUGUCUGAAAAUUCUGGUGAUAUCACGCCCAUAGUUUCCGAGUUUUCUAGCCCUAAAUCGAAGAGAGAUAAGAAGAAGUCAAAAAAAUCUAAGCCAAUUCCUCUUGAUCCACAACCGGAACAAGCUGUGGUACAACCCGAGCUCGAUGAGUCUAAGGUUUCCCAAUCUGAGGAUGGCACGAGAAAUUCUCUAGAUUUGUCUCAAGAAACCAUUCAAGAAACUAUUCAAGAACCAACUAAGCCUGUCAAUGUUGAGCCAAUUGAAGAGUUCUCAACUCCAAACUCCAAGAAUAACAGGAAGGACAAGAAAAAGACAGAGAAGGAACAAAUUGCCAAUGUCGAGCAGGACUCAAUUGACGCCAUUCAGGAGCAGGAGCAAGUACCUGAACCGCAAGAAAAGGAACUACCAGAAACUCUUGCUUUUGAAGAGACACCGGUCCUCGAUGAUACUACUCACGCUACCGCCUCUUCUUCCAUGGAGGAUAGAAAUGAGGAUAAAAAUGGUAAGACUGCAGACAUAGAGGAAACCAUGGAGCCGCUAAUCCCUGGUCCUAAUUCAGAGAGCGUAACAGAGAAGCCAACACCAAUGGUUGGACCUGGUGGUUGGCCAAUCACUCCCGCUACGCCAUGGACCGCAGGUGCAAAAGAAACCUCUACCUCGAAUGAAAAGGACUACUUUCCAGCUGCAGAAACAAUACUACCAAUCAUUGCUGCCGAAGAUACUAUGCCUAGUUUCGAACAAUUGAAAUCCGAUGAUAUUUCUCAAGAUAAGAAUGGACUUGAUAGCCUUAGUACUGGACAUGAAGAUGAUCAACUUAGCCUUGCAAACGCAUUACCAGAGGAAUCGAAACCACAAGAAAUUGUGAUUGAGGAUGUUUCUAAGGGGCUUGAAAGGGACGUUACUGAAUCCAAUGGACUCUCGGUCAAUGCUCAAGAAGACGGAUCAUCUCUCCCUCGCCAACUACCUGCAGAGAUCGAAGAGAGCAUUGAAGAGAAUCAUACGCCACAAGAAGAACGUGAUCAAGUUCCUACAAUUGAGAUUCAAGAAAGAGAAGAGAAACCAAUUUCCAAUGAGACUGAAACUCCGGUUGGAUUUGAAGCUGGGCAUCAAGACGAUCAACAAGCGCUUCCUAAGGAUCUGAAGGAGGAACUCGAAUCUGGUAGUGCCAAGGACGAGAAAAGUGAAAAGCAUGCCAAUCAAGAUCAAGACCAUUUGGUUCCUUCUGAUACCGCCUCCUCAGACAAUGAUAUUCAGGAUUUGAACGAGCCAACAAAUGUCCCUACAUCUCAGACAGAGAUUAUCGAGGAGCCGACUAUCAAGCCUGUACUUGAAGAAUCAGAGGAGACUGAGCAAGCUGACAAGAAGCCACAAAUGCCCGAGGACAUUGUUCCUGUCGAGGACGUUGUCAAGGAACAGACUUCUUUGGAAGAGACCUCAACGCCUGUGCAAGAGCCAGAGACUAUCGAAAAUGUGCAUAUCGACCAGGACUUUCCAGAGCCAGCAACGACCGAAAAGGCACCUAUUGAUCCGACAAUUCUAACACUAGAACCUGAGGUAAAGACCGAAAGCGAGGAGCUCAAGAAACAGAAGAAACGCGAUAGUUCGCUUGCAUCUAAUCCUUCCGAAGACAUCAUGAUACCCGGCACGUUGGAAGAAAAGAUGUCUGUAGAUACCUCCCCAGAGCAACUCGAGCCCGAGCACUCACAAAUUUUUGAUGAAUCUUCUAUUACCGUCGACCCUGAACCAGAAUCCGCUACUCUUGAUAAGAGCCAAGAUAAUGUGGUUGAACCAACACCCAUCGAGGAAUUUUCUGUUCCCGAGAAUACGGAUCAAGUCAACAAUGAGGAAGAAAAGAUGCCUGUGGAUACCUUCCCAGAGCAACUAGAGCUGGAGCAUCCGCAAAGUCUCAAUGAAUCUUCUAUUGCCGUCGACCCUGAACCGGAGUCCGUUACUCUUGAUAAGAGCCAAGACAAUGUGAAUGAGUUAACACCCAUCGAGGAAGUCUCUAUUCCCAAUAAUUUGGAUCAAGUCAACAAUGAGGAAGAGAAGACACAAGGAGAAGAAUCUGCUGAUGUUAGGCAAGAUCUUCCAAACACACCCCUGGAGCCUUCUACUGUAGACCGUGGAAUCGAAUUUUCUGCACCUCCCAAGAAGUCCGAGAAAGAUAAAAACAAGCGUGGCAAGCAAGUACAGGAUUUGGUUGAAGAUGAUACCGUUGCCGAUGACACCAAAACUACUGGCGAAUCGUCCAAUAUUGAAAUGCCAAUUGAACAGCCAAACGAUAUGCCCGUGGAACAAAUCAUUACGAUCCCCGCGAAAGAGCCAGCUCUCAACGAUGCACCAAUGACAGCAGGACUUUCUGGCCUUAUGGGUCCUUUGACAGGAAGAAAAAAGGGUGUUUUGGAAAUGGUUCAAGCUUUGGGAUGGGGCAAAAAGAAGGACAGGGCUGCAAUUGCCGCCGCUGAGCAAGGACUCCCUCCAAGACCAUCUACAGCACGCGCUUCAUCUGAAUCUUUUAUGUCUACACCACGCAUUGUGUCUGAGUCUGCCAUGCUAAAGGCCACCGAGACUGAACCUGUCAAAGCACCGUCGCCUACUGCGGAACUUGAGGAAUGGGCUCUGGCAGACGAAAACUUCAAGACAAAUUCGAAAAAGGGCAAGAAGUUCGCGAGCGAAGAUUUUGAACCAGUGCCAAGUACGAUCAUCGAGGAAGAAACUUUACCCAUUGAGCCCAAGGAAGAAAUUGCUGAACAAAUCACGGAGCCAUCAGUCAUGAAAUCGACCGAGGAUUUACAGGACGACCAAACAUCGAAAAGACAAAAGGGCAAGAAGCGUCACAGCUUACAAUCGUUCAUAUCCGAAGAGGCCUCCAAAGCAUUUAGAGCUAGGGAAUCAGCCAAUCAAGGAUCGGAUAUAUCAAGGGAUGAUGUUGUUGAGAAGGAACCUAAGCUUCAAGUGCCGGAACUUAACGAGCCAUUUGUUGAAAGCAGUAGCGAGCCCUCUGAAAUUCAACACGAACCUACCUUGGAAGAGAUUCAAGCUCCCGAAGUGUCAAUUAGAGAUGCCCCUGAACCAAUUAUCGAAAACCCUAGGGAGUCCGAGGAAGUUGAUCGUGAGGCUAUUCAGAAUGAUCCUCAUACUUCACCGCCACAGUCUGAGCAUAUCCCUGAACAAAAUGUUGAGAGCCCCAGCAAAUCUUCAGAGUCUCCUCGCGCAAUUGACCAAGAGAGCAUUUUCGUGCCAGAACCCCUGUCGGAGGACACUCCAGAGCAAGCAAUUCUUGAAAGAUCAAACGAGCCCUCAAAGAUACCUCUUGAGGUUAUUCAGGAUGAUAGUAAUGUAUCACAAGCACCAUUUGACCUUGCUACUGAACCAAGCACGAUUGGUAAUGGGGUUUCACCAAAUGAAUACACUCUCGAAAAAGUCACGAAGAAUGUCGAUAUCUCUGAACCAAGCUUGGUUGAUGAAUCUUCUUUGCCAAAUGAAUCGAUCCAAGAUGAUAUCAUGGCAUCUGUCGAGUAUGUCGAUCCAGAUACAAGUCUUCAAGAGUCUGAAUUGUCAGUUGAACCGCCUUCUGAAGAGUUGGACAAUACUAUUGAAGUUGAUAAGCCAGGCAUUGUUGAUGAGCUUCCUUUGCCAAGUCACGCUGCCUCAGAGGAAGAUUCAAGAGAGAUUGAAGUUACUGAGCCAAAUCAUAAUUUCGAUAAGUCUUUCUCACCACGAGAGCAACUUCUCGAGGAAAGUAGCAAGGGUACCGACGAGUCUUUACCAAAUCAAGUUGUUUCACAGGAGGAGUCGGGAGUUCUGGAAGCUUUCGAGCCAAGCCAUGCUGAUGGAGAGAGUCUCUUAUCCACUGAACCUGCAGCAAAAGUUGAAACAGUUCAACCACCAAGCGAAAUUGAUCUUGAGAAAACGGAUGUCCGAGAUGUGCCGACCUCACCCGAAACUAAGAAGUCCAAGAAAAGCAAGAAAAAUAAGAAGAGUAAGAACAAGUCCCAGUCAGAGCCUGAGGUGCCAAUCGAAGUCACCAAAGAGCCUGAACAAACUCUUCUUGUCGAGGACCAAAUCUUAGAGAAGCCUUUUGAUGCUACGGAAUCAAUUAAUCGUGAGGCCUUGGAGCAGCCGUUCGAAAGACUAGUUGAGACCAUCGAGCCAGAAAGUCGUGAUUUCUUAGAACCUGCUGCUGUACCGCUUCCGGAUGAUAAUGUCAAUGAGGCCAUCGAACUUGACGAACCCACAAACUUCGAGAAUCUACAGCCAUCUCUUGACCUUAAUCCAUCAGUCCCAAUUCUUGAGGAAACCAUUGUCCAUCCAGAGAUCGAGGAACCCAAAAGUCUUGAAAACUUAGAUUAUUCUGAGCAUGCAGCAUCUAUCCCACUGCCGGAGGACAUCGAGCAUCAAGGUUAUGAACUUGCGGAAGCACUUGAAUCGGUUUCAAAUGGUGUGGAGAAAGAGUCUCUUUCGUCAGAUCCACUCCUCGAAAGCGAAACAAAAGCUAUCGAGCCAACGCCGGAAGAAGCACGACUAGUUGUUUCGGACCCUCCAAUUUCUGGACCUUUAGAAGAAUUGAUGUUUAGCAAACCACGGGAAGACGAGAUUGUUUCAAGAAUGAUAAAUCCAGAGACUGAACAGAACGGCAUCGAGUCGAUGGGGGACAUCACAGCUCCAAGCAUCUUAGAUGAGAUUGAACACGUUUCUCAAGACAAACUUGUCGAGCCACCCGCUGAAGUUCCAGCCAAGAAAGACAAGAAGCAGCAAGAGUCUGAAGUGCCUGUUCUAGACGCUGAAGAUAUUAGUCCUCACAAUUCAUCGGAACUUUUACCAACUCAACCGGACAUCGAUGUGACAAACCAAGAAACCUUUCCGAACUCCAUCGAACCAAUUCCAGGGAGCGUGCAAACAGCCAACGAAAAUAUAUCGAUUCCCACUCUGAACGAUGUUGAGGUUAAGAAAGAUGACACUCCCGAGUCUGGUUUGGAUGCCCCUCUUGAACAACAGGACCUUGAAUCUGUGUCUAAAGAUAUCGCGGACUUGCCAGAAACAAACUCUUCGGGUGCCCCAGUCGAAGAAUUUAAAGGGGACAACGAAAAGCGCAAAUUCCUCGACUCAAAUCCAACACUUGAGCUUCCUACAGACAGCACGCCAGAAAUGAAUGAACUUUCCCAGCCAAUCAAUCAAGCUCCAGAAGAGGAACUUCAUGGCAUAGAACCUGGGGAGACUGCCAGAGAGACUGCUCAGCAACCAAUAGCACUUCAAGAACAUGCCCUUGUGCAGGAACAAACAGAGAAAGAUCCCCAUGUAUCUAUGGACCCAAUAAUCGAGUCAAUUGCAUCUGAGUCACCGACACGUGGACCAAUUGUCGAGUCUGAAAAUUUCAAGGAAGAUGAUCUUACACCACAGGAAUCAGUUGUACAUCAAGAAUCGUCAAAUGAAUCAAAAAGCACCGAGGAGCCAUCUUUAUUACCACAUCAAAUCAUUGAGCCGGAAAGUGUAAACGAGGAAACUUUCCUACCGCAAAAUUCAAUGAUCAACUCAAGCAUUAAUAAUGAGGAGGCACCUCAAUCACAUGAACGAUUUCUCGAGCCAGAGGCCAGCGACGAAGAAAGCUUUAUACCGCAAGAAUCAACAAUUGAACCACGAAUCAGUUCGGAGCGAAUUUCUCAUCAAGAGCUAGAAGCUGUGCCAAAAAUCUCCAAUCUCGAACCCAGUCUUGUACAAGACUCGGUCGUUGAGCCAUUACCAGAGGAAGAGCAAAUUGUUGUAAAGAAACCGGUCGUCGAGCUCAAUAUUCCUGAACCAGAACAAAUUGCUUUGCCAGAAUCACCAAUUGAGCAAACAUCAUUUGAGCCAGACUUUUCUUUUCCACAGGAGCCUCUAACUGAGCCAGAGGUCAUCGAAGAAGCACCUGUUGCUCAAGAUCGUGCAAGUGAUUCUCAAAGUUCGGAUAUUAAGCUGGUCAUUCCACAAGUAUCGCCCCCGGAGCAAAAGAUAGUUGAGCCUGCACAAAUUUCUUUGCCGGAAUCACCAAUCGAGCGGGAAGUAUCCGAACUAGGAACUCCAUCUCAAGAGGAGCUCGAUUCUGAAAAUCAUAUCGUUGAAGAACCAAGUCUUUCACAAGAGCACCAUGUCGAACCGAAAAGCUCAAUUCUCGAAUUGGUUGACCAUUCAGAAUUGCCUCUUGGACAAAAGACUGUCGAGCCAGAACAAAUUGCUUUGCCAGAAUCACCGAUUGAACAGAAAUCAUUUGAACCAGAAAUCCUUUUUCGACAAGAGCCUGUAAUUGAGUCACACGAUUAUCCAAUCCAAAGCGAUUCAUCAAAAUUGCUGUUUCAAGAAAAGACUGUCGAGCCAGAGCAAAUUGCCUUGCCAGAAUCACCGAUUGAACAGGAAUCAUUUGAACCAGAAAUCCUUUUUCGACAGGAGCCUAUAAUUGAGUCACGAGAUCAUCCAUUCCCGAGCGAUUCAUCAGAAUUGCCAUUUGAAGAAGAAACUGGAGAGAAGGAAUUGUCCUUUCCACAAGAUGCCACCGACCCGGACAUAACUGGAAAGGCGCUCAUCCCUCAAGAACAGGAUACCAAUUCCAAAACCUCUGGGCAAGAAUCUAUUGUUUCACAAGAAUCACCAAUCGAGCAAUCAAUUCGUCAGCCUUUAGAGGUCAACAUCGAAGAUCCUAUUUUCGAGUCAAGACCCAUGGAAGAUAUGCCAGUUCCGCAAGAAUCAUCGAUUGAGCCAACGAAGUUAGAAUCGAAUGUGUCAAUUCCGGACCUCGAACCUGUUGUGCCCAAUGAAUCUGGAAAAGACAAUGAGGAACGAGAACAUAACUUGGACUUUUCGGAAACCUCCGGAGAUCCCAGCAACUUUACUUCUACUUCUCAAGUGCCAGAAAAUCAAGCGUUAGAAAUCGUCUCCGAGUCAACACCAUCUGAUUCUAUCAUCGAGCCUAUUGAUGCAGAACCAACCGCCAUUGAACAAACUAUCAAUCCCGCCCUUGAGACGGCAUUGUUCAAUUCAACACUUGAGGGCCCUGCAAAUGAUCAGCCUCUUGCCGAAAGUUUCCCUGCUGAGACUAGACCAACACAAAGAGAUGAAUGGGCCUGGUCUAUUGAGGAGCAAAAAGAGGUGGGAGAGAAGGAUGAUGUUGUUUUGCCAUCAAUUCAAGAGCAAUCUGAUACCACAUCUCAAACCCCAGAAAUCACAAGUACGCCGCUUGAUAUCACAGAUGUUUCAUCCAUGGGAGACGAUGUAAAAGAUCUAGCAAACGGGAAUCUAACCGAGACCGAUGAAGAAAUGUUCUUGGAUGCUGUUGAAUCUUUCUCCAUAGACGAUACUCCGAUGGACUUUACCCCUCGGGCCUCACGAGAGCCCGUUGAGGCUGUUGAGCCCGAGUUUGAAGAACUUACUCAACAGCCCGUAGAACAGUUCAUCCCGGAAGUUAUCAAGCUGCUUCACGAAAAAGAAUUCAUUCCAGCCCCUAUGCCUGAGACUGUACAACAAAACGAUGAUGCGUUUCCUAAUUAUGAAGAGAUUACACUGGAUGAGGACAAAUCAAAUCCAGUCGAUGAGCUAUCAAAAAUUGAUUUACCACGAGAGAUGCUAAAUGGGGAGCACCCACAGGAAGAGCACAGACCAGCAGAUGAUGAUGUCACUGAGGUCUUGACCAAGAAUUCCAAGGAUAUAAAUGAUCGUGAGUUUGGAUUUUCUUCACCGGUACAGUUUAUCCCCAAAGACACCCAAAUAGGAGUACCGGAUGUUGUGGAGCCAGUACCUACAGAGAUAACACUCGAUGAAUUUAAGGCCAUCCCCACUGGAGAGAUGCCAAAGGAAGUUCAACAACAAACCGAGGACGAAUGGGGUUCGAUUUCUAGCAAGAGAUCGAUAAAGGACAAGGAGACACUUAAAUCUACCUUGUCUACCCCAUUGGAGCCCGAGGUUCCCAAUGUUGCUACUGAGCUUCCUGAGGAUAUUCCAUCAAAUUCUGGAAAGCUUCAAGAGCCACUUCCAACUAUUGAGGACGUACCUGAUACUCAUACAUCUUUCCAGAUUCCACAGGUUGAUAAAAUUGUUUCCGAGCAUGAUCCUUUUGACAUGCCACACGAUAAGAACGAUAAAAAGGGCAAUGAAAUUUCAUACAGAGAACUCGACCCAGAACAAAAAGUCCCAGCCUUGGCCAAUACCGUCGCGGUAUCCGAUAUACAAGAUGUCAGGCCUGGCGACCAUCUCCUGACUUCCCCUAUUCCAAUACGAAAUACCGUUCCAAUAUCGAACUCAAUUGCGGAACCAGAUAUGAUUCCAUCUCCCUCGCCAUCUCCACUUCAGCCGGUUAUCGAUGAGUCAAACAAUCUCUCUACUGCAUUAGUACAAAUUCCUUUCAAAAAAGACAAGAGAAAACGUCAAGCAACAAUAAAUCUUGAUACGCCAAAAGAUGGUCAACGAACCUUUUGGGCAGGUGAAGUUCCCGAAGCAGAAGUUAUCAGGGCUGUACCAGUCAUUGAAGAUAUUGGACGAGAUGAAUUCUAUUCUCAUAUUGCCAGCACGGUCGGAGAAACCGAAGCAAACGAAUUUUCCAGACCACCCGCCAAGAAAGGAAAGAAAAAUACGAAAAGAGAACCAACCGAUAUCAAAGACUUCCAACUGUCCAUGGGGGAAAAUUUAUCAAAAAUUGAACCAAAGAAGGAGCGCAAAGAGAUGCCAUCUGCAGUAGCUGCUACUGCAGCAAUUAUUAGUGCAGCACUUUCGGCUAGCAAGAGCAAGAAAGCAGAACUUGAAGAUGUUGAGGGAGAAGAAAGCCGCCCCAUGAUGAAAAAGCUACCUGGGAAGGAAGAGCGCGGACUAGGCAUGGGCAAGAUAGCAUCAAGUGAUGACGUAUCUAAUGAUUUUGCAUUGUGGAGAAACAAGCAAUCAAACUUGUUUCAAGAGAUGAAGGCUGGAUCGAGAAAGAAGAAGAGUGACGGUCAUGACAGUGAUGAAUCUCGAGAAAAGGAUACGAUCGUGCAAGAACCAGAGCAGAUAGGGAACAAUCAGAAUCCGAGGAUUGAAACAUCUGACAAAUCUGCCGCUGUAGAAGCUCAAGAGAAUAUAACUCCUAGGUCUCUUAGUCCCGUUCUUGACAUUGCAAGACUUACUCAAGAGCCGAAGCAGAUAGAACCAAUGCAGCAAAAAGAAUUCGCCGAAACAUCCGAGUCAGACAAGGUGGAACGUUCUAUCUUACAUGAGCCUGAGGAGUCCAACUCCAUUCAGAAGCCAACGAUGCAAAUUCCCAUUGAGCAUGCAGAAGAUGAGAACAGCAUUGUGCAAGAGCGAAAACAGAUGGACACUGAUCAGAAACCAACGACACAAGUUCCUGCCGAGCCUACGAUUGUAGAACGCCAAAUCGUACCAGAGUCGGAGCAGAUUCAAGUCCCUCAAGAAUCAAUGGUGCAGAUCCCUACCAGACCUUUGAUAAUGGAAGAUCGUGAAAGUACAACACCCACGCCACCUCGCGAUUUUGAUCCCAAUGACGACAAAACUCAAGAAAUGGCACUAGUUGCCCAAACCUAUUCCUCGAGCGGUUCUUCAAGCCCGAGACGAUCACCACCUGCACGAGAACCAAGAGGAGAUCUGCCAGAAGAGUACCUCUCUAGACCAUCGAGAAGGGAUAUCGAGAAGAGAAGGAAGAAGUCAAUCGAAGUUGACGAUACCCUCGAUCUUUUGCCGGCACCAAUCCAAGAAGCAUUGCGGAAUACUAUUGUUGAGCCCCGAGCUAGAGGAACCAGUCCUUCACCAAUCUCCUCUCCGAUAGCCGAACGAGCUAAACGAGCUAGAUCUAGAUCCCGUCCUCCAUCUCGUCCUGGAACACCUGGCUUGACAAUGCUACGAGAAGAAUCAGAGGAUGAGAAUGCUCUCAAACUAGACAAGAGAGAUAGUGCUUUUAUCGGCGAUUCACCAAUUCCUCAAGGAAAUUUCGCAGACAAACAGGAAGGCAUUCGUGAUAGUGGCAUUCAUUUGAGAGAUAAUUCACCUUCUAUGCGUGUUAGAGCUCCCGUGUCUUCAACCGAUGCAGCUAUCGAUAGCAUGGCGUGGCCUUCCGUGGAUGAAGAUGCUGGGACGGUCGAUCUCGAACAGUCGCAACGACCAAAAGUUGUGGAGGACUUAGCACGUCAAGGUCAUGAAAUUGAUGAUCUGCCAUCUCAAAGACACAAAGAAGAAAGGCAUACAGAUCUACAUAGAACGCAGGCAAUUCAAAGAGCGCGUUCACCUAAUGAAGAAAAGCACAAACUUGCUCGCAAAACUUCUUUGAGUCGUGGAGAACUAGCAGAAGCGAAUCAUGUAGACUUUGUCCGAUCCCAACGACUUAAGGCAUUUCAAACAAAAUCCAAGGAAAAGCUAUCUGAGCCUCCUCGAGCAGAAUCAAUCAACAAACCAGUGACCCCAGAAAAAGAACGUACAAGACAUCGUGUCCAUCGUUCUGAAAUUCCUGACCUCCAGCACCGCAAACCAAAGGAAAACAAAUAUGGGGACCUUGAACUAGCUAAAACUCCAAAAAUUCCUAGAAGUGAGCAGCGAAGUAAAUCUGAGAGUUCUCCAUCGUUAAUUGGAAGUGCAGCUCUUGCAGCAGCAGGAUCGGGCUUUGCUGCAGCAAGGAAGUUAAGUCAAGAAAGCCGACCUUUAAGUGCUCAAAGUCACAAAAGUCAAAGAUCCGCUUCAAAUAUCAGUGUUACUCGAUUGCGAACACCCAUUCCAUUAGAUGCGCCUCAAGCGCCACAAUUGCCCGAUAGCGCUAAGACCAAUCGUUCGUUUACACCGCCACUUCGUCGUAGCGCCCGAAAAAUUAGCGGGGAUCCAAGAUCGCUCCGUCAACAAAGUAGCAUUGAUCUCGCUAAGGAAAUUGAUCCAGCCUCCGUCAAUACCGCUACAUCGUCAACCUUAACAAAUACUGCAAAUCCGACUGCAAAUGAGGGCCGAGCCAGGGCGCAAGAUAUGGCCGAUGUCUACGAUGGCUAUGGUGAAGGCCACAUGGGCUCACCACGAUCCCCAACUCGACCUCACAGUAUGCGACGACGCCAAAGUAUGCAAGUCUUGGAACUCGAAUCAAAAUUGGAUCAACUAACUGCGGAAAAUCGCGCGCUCGCCGAAUCUAAAGCUCAUGCUGAACAUAUGCUCCGAUCAAGCCAAGGUGCACCUGCGGCCUUGGUAGAAAGGGAUGCGCAAAUCGAUCUCCUUAAACGAACACUCUCAUCGAUGCAAGAUGAGGUCAAAAGGUUGACUGAAGUAAAUGCGGGUCUUUCUAGCGCGGCUGUUACACUGGGUCAACAACAUAAUGCACGAUAUGGCACACUCGAAUCACAACAUGCACAAACUUCACGCGAACUCCAGCAGGCCCGCGAGGCACAUCACAACCUGCAAAGCGAAGUACAAGGCGUCAUACACAAUGCUAUACAAGAAAGGGACCAGGAAAUUGCAUCAUUGCGAUCUCAAUUGGAUGUGGCCAAGGAACAAAUUCGAGCAAUGCAGAGGGAAAUUCUAACUGCCAAAGCUGGUGACGCUCAAUUCUUAAUCAUCCGAGAUGAGGACUAUUUCGAUAAUGCUUGUCAACAACUCUGCCAACAUGUGCAGCAAUGGGUACUUAGAUUCUCAAAGUUCUCUGACAUGAGAGCCUGUAGACUCACGAGCGAAAUCAACAACGAUAAAACCAUUGAUCGACUUGAUAAUGCCAUUUUAGAUGGCUCAGAUGUGGAUAGUUAUCUUGCAGAUAGAGUGAGGAGACGAGACGUCUUCAUGUCAAUGACGAUGACAAUGGUGUGGGAAUUCAUAUUCACGCGCUACUUAUUUGGCAUGGAUCGAGAACAAAGACAAAAGCUCAAAUCCUUGGAGAAGGUAUUGUCUGAAGUUGGACCACCAUCAGCAGUUCACCAAUGGCGUGCUACAACUUUGACCUUGUUAUCCAAACGAGAUUCAUUCGCCAGGCAGAAAGAACAAGAUACUUUGGCUGUGGUGCAUGCUGUCUUCGAGACCCUAACAGAGAUCUUACCUCCGCCUAGUCACCUUGAAGGUCAAAUCGAGGAACAACUCAAACGUGUUAUAAAAGCUGCCGUUGAUCUCUCCAUAGAAAUGCGCACUCAACGCGCAGAAUACAUGAUGCUACCACCGCUUCAACCUGAAUACGAUGCCAAUGGCGAUCUCGCCAGCAAAGUCUCCUUCAACGCUGCACUCAUGAAUGAACGCAGCGGAGAUACCAUUUCCAAUGAGGAGCUCGAGGCACAAAGGGCUGUCGUCAGAGUUGUACUCUUUCCACUUGUGGUGAAGAAGGGUGAUGAUUUAGGACAAGGCGAUGAGGAAAUCGUGGUUUGUCCUGCUCAGGUUUUGGUUGCCAAACCCAGAAUGGGCAAGGGACCAGUGGGAAGGGUUUAUAGUCCAGCUAGUGGAGUGGAUACGGAUAGGAGAAGUGAUAGAAGCCGAACUCCUGCUAGUUUGCAGAGUAGUAUGCCCGAUAAUAAUGUUAUUUGAGAGAAAAAGAAAAAAAACCCGGAAUUAUGGAUUAAAGAAAUGAAUAGAAAGGGAUAUGGGCUGGGUGGUAUGGGAGUGGUGAUGAGAUGAUUGAUACCCUUUGGGUUUAGUGGUGAUGGUUGGACUAUGUGUUUUUAUGUUUUCUUUCUCUUUGUUUUUCUUUCUAUCUUCGACGAUUUUCCUGAUUCAUUUUAAUGAUGAUUAAUGAUGCUAUGCAUUUAGCGAACCCAUAGCUACGGCUAUGGAUUGUUUCUUUCAUGUUCAGGCAAAAAGAGAUAUCCAUAUUUUAACGACGAUCACGACCAGAUUGUAGUAUUAGACGAGUUUAAUUUACUCCGCUUAGUUUAUGAAUUUAAAUGCCAAAGCACUUCAUUUUGAUUAGA